UUUCAUAUUCCAAUUCGAAUUCAGCUAUCAUUUGCAACAAACUUUGAGUUUCUGAUUCCAGCACUGUUUCUUCUCUUCUUCGUUAUUGCACACUCAUUCUGAUAUUCUGCGUUUCACGUUCUUCUUCUGCCUCAAGGUUUCUUAUAUCUGAAUCUUCUUCUUCAGUAGUUAAGUGUUCCAAACAUGACGGUCACUCCUAUGAUCUCUAUCAAUGAUGGGAACCUGGUGGUUCAUGGCCAAAUUAUACUGAGUGGAGUGCCAGACAACAUUGUCCUAACUCCAGGAACUGGAAAGGGCCUUGUGACAGGUGCAUUUAUUGGUGCCACUGCUUCCAACAGCAAAAGUCUGCAUGUCUUUCCCAUGGGUGUCUUAGAGGAUCUUCGAUUCUUGAGUUGUUUCCGGUUUAAGUUAUGGUGGAUGACUCACAGAGUGGGAACCUGCGGGAGGGAUGUCCCAUUGGAGACUCAGUUCAUGCUUAUAGAGAGCAAAGACAGUAAAGAUUAUCAAGAGAAUUCUCCAACAGUUUACACUGUUCUGCUUCCUCUCCUGGAAGGCCAGUUCCGUGCUGUUCUACAAGGCAAUGAUAAAAACGAGAUAGAGAUUUGCCUUGAGAGUGGAGAUCCUGCUGUUCAGACCAAUCAAGGCCUUCACUUGGUCUACAUGAAUGCUGGCACCAACCCCUUUGAAGUCAUCAACCAAGCUGUCAAGGCUGUAGAAAAACAUAUGCAAACUUUCCGUCACCGUGAGAGGAAAAAAUUGCCAUCUUUUCUUGACUGGUUUGGCUGGUGCACAUGGGAUGCUUUCUAUACUGAUGUCACAGCUGAAGGUGUUGAGGAAGGCCUCAAAAGCCUAUCAGAGGGAGGUACAAGUCCAAGGUUCCUCAUCAUUGAUGAUGGUUGGCAACAGAUUGAAAGUAAACCAAAAAGUGAUGAUGAUUGUCUUGUACAAGAAGGAGCACAGUUUGCUACCAGGUUAACUGGUAUUAAAGAAAAUACUAAAUUUCAAAAGAAUGGACAGAGCAACGACACAAUUUCUGGUUUGAAGCAUGUUGUAGAUGAAGCAAAGCGAUGUCACAACGUGAAAUAUGUUUAUGUUUGGCAUGCUCUGGCUGGUUAUUGGGGAGGAGUAAAGCCUGCAGCAAGUGGCAUGGAGCAUUACGACACUUCCUUGGCAUAUCCAGUACAGUCUCCUGGUGUGCUAGGAAACCAACCAGACAUCGUCAUAGACAGCUUGUCUGUUCAUGGCUUGGGACUGGUGCACCCGAAGAAGGUUUUUGAUUUCUACAAUGAGCUUCAUGCUUACUUAGCAUCAUGCGGAGUAGAUGGAGUGAAGGUUGAUGUGCAAAACAUUAUAGAGACCCUAGGUAGUGGACACGGUGGUAGGGUCACACUCACGCGCAGCUAUAUUCAGGCACUUGAGGCCUCUGUUGCUCAGCAUUUUCGUGACAAUGGAUGCAUUGCCUGUAUGUGCCAUAACACUGAUGGCCUUUAUAGUUCAAAGCAGACUGCUGUUGUGAGAGCAUCUGAUGACUUUUAUCCCGGUGAUCCUGCUUCCCACACUAUUCACAUUUCAUCUGUUGCAUAUAACACACUUUUUCUGGGAGAGUUUAUGCAAGCAGACUGGGACAUGUUUCAUAGUUUACAUCCAGCAGCAGAGUACCAUGCUGCAGCCCGUGCAGUCAGUGGAGGUCCAAUUUAUGUUAGUGAUAAGCCAGGAAGGCACAAUUUUAAUCUUCUCAAGAGACUGGUUCUGUAUGAUGGUUCAGUUCUCCGUGCUCAGUUACCAGGCAGGCCUACCGUUGACACUCUCUUCGUUGAUCCAGCAAGAGAUGGAACCAGCUUGCUCAAGAUAUGGAACUUGAACAAAUGCUCUGGAGUGGUUGGUGUGUUUAAUUGCCAAGGUGCUGGGUGGUGCAAGAUACAAAAGAAAACCCGAAUUCAUUGUCCAUCACCUGGGACUCUCACUUGCUCAGUUUGUGCCUCUGAUGUUGACCUCAUUGCUCAAGUAGCCGGUGCUGAUUGGAAUGGUGACACUGUUGUUUAUGCCUACAGAUCAGGUGAGGUGAUUCGGCUGCCAAAAGGUGCUUCGAUUCCUGUGACACUGAAAGUUCUGGAGUAUGAACUUUUCCAUUUUUGUCCAAUCAAGGAAAUUGGGCCAAGUAUUUCAUUUGCACCGAUAGGGUUAUUGGAUAUGUUAAACGUUGGAGGUGCUGUGGAACAUUUUGACGUUGAUAAAGAAUGUGCAGGAAAAGCAACUUUUAUUGUGAAAGUGAGGGGAAAUGGCAGAUUUGGAGUUUAUUCUUCUGAGUGUCCUGUGAAGUGUGUGGUAGCUGGCAAUCAAACGGAUUUCAACUAUGACUCAGAGAGUGGAUUGACAACCUUUUACAUCCCUGUGCCUGAAAGGGAGAUGUACUUAUGCCAGAUACAGAUCCAUUUUUGAGUCUUAAUUCUUAUCCUUUUGUAGGACACCUUUUGCUUUAAUAGCUUCACAUGCAAUGCACAAAAGUUUAUCUUUAAACAAAAUAACUUUUUAUAUUGUAA